CGAUUGACUAUGCUGAUAAAGCAAUAUCGAACCAUUGGUUGAACUACACGCUGCAAGUUCUUAAAUACGAAACUCUUGCUUACAAUUGACAGUCACAAUCCAGAGGUAGACCUAGUCAUACCUCCUACAGUUACUCCUUUUUUUCGUUACUCAUUUUAAGUCUUCAUAUAUAGUGCGACAUGAAGUUCUUUAUUGUGACCGUUUUGGCUUUAGCUGCUACAGCAAGCGCUCAAUUUAAAUGUCCAGUAAAGGAUGGUCAAUAUGAAGAUUCCAUCCAAUGUGAUAAAUUUUACGAAUGUACUGACGGCGUUGCCAAGGAGAAAUUGUGCCCAGAUGGUUUGGUGUUCGAUCAGCUCAUCCGUAAGGUCAACAAAUGCGACCAACCCUUUAAUAUAGACUGUGGAGACAGAACAGAACUUCAGCCCCCAAAACCAAAAGGCCCAUGCCCACGUCGCAACGGAUUCUUUGCCCACGAAGACCCAACCGUGUGCAACAAGUUCUACAACUGCAUCGAAGGUGAACACACCUUGCUUCCAUGCACAGCCGGAUUACAUUUCGAUGAAUACUCUGGAACCUGCGUAUGGCCCGACACUGCCAACAGACAAGGAUGCCAAGAAACCACCAUGACUUUGAAAGACGGAUUCAAAUGCCCAACUGAACCACAAAUCGAUGUCAACGGAAACGUCAACGUACACCCUAAAUACGCUCACCCCACCGAUUGCCAAAGAUUCUACGUUUGUUUAAAUGCUAAAGAACCCAGAGACUUAGGUUGCACCGUUGGAGAGGUUUACAACGAAGAAACUCAAAGAUGCAUAAAUGCGCAAUUUAAAUGCCCCCAAAGAACGGGAUUUUUCCCAGAUCCAAAUGAAUGCGACUUAUAUUACGUUUGUUCCCAAGGCAGCUACGAGGAAAAACUGUGUCCUGAUGGUUUGGUUUUUGAUGACACCGACCCCAAUCAUGAAAGAUGUGAUAUUCCAGCAAAUAUUGAUUGCGGGGACAGGGUGGAGCUGCAGGAGCCAAAACCAAGUAAAGGAUGUCCCAGAGCCAAUGGAUAUUACCGACAUCAAGACCCUGAAGUCUGCGACAAAUUCAACAACUGUGAAGAUGGUGUCCCACAUGAGUUACCAUGUCCCCCAGGGUUAAUCUACGACGAUACUGUUAGUACAUGUGCCUGGCCAGAGUCUAGUAAAAGAAAAGACUGUGGAAAGUCAAAAAAAGAUAGUUUGGAUGAUGGAUUUACCUGCCCAGAUGGUGAUGUAGCGGCUCAAAAUGGAAGAAAAUUGCCCCACCCAACGUUCGCCCAUCCAGACGAUUGUAGGAAAUUCUACAUUUGCAGAAAUGGUGUGCAGCCACAAAAGGGAUCUUGCUCGUACGGAUUCGUUUACAACGAAGAUACCUUUACCUGUGAUGAACCUGCUAAGGUGGAAGGAUGUGAGAAUUACUACAAAGAUGACAAAAAAGACAACAAAAAACCUUAAUUUUAAUUAUAUACGUAAUUUAAUUAAUUAUAUUAAUAGCAUGUUUUUACAUAUUUAUAAAUAUUAAUAUUUU